AUGAAUGAUUUCCCCGGCGGUGAGGGUGAGAGCACCAAUGUUUUCGCCGGCGGUGAGGCUGAGAGCAGCGACUGGGUCGAAUGGGUCGAAACGUUUUUAUCGGAAGAUAUAGGAACAAUUUGGGCGAAAACGUUUCCUGAAAACGAUGGCUUGGACGCAAUUCUCCCCCAAAAAAACGUUGAAUCUGCUGAUUUAUACGAGCCUGAGAUGGCUAAAUUCACCUUUGAAAUGGAACCAUUUCACCCAAGUCCGUCACCAUCCAAAGGUGACCGAGUCGACUCAGUUAUCAGCGAUUCUGUAGACUCAAUCUUGCAGAUAAGCAGCUACCAGAACCCUACGGCUUUUAUCCCGCAGUCAAACGUUUCUGAGACUCCGCGCAAGCGCCGAAAGGUAGCCGACCGGAUGAACGUGCUUGAGAGUCUAAUGCCAUGGCGCAACAAAAUGAAGAGGGCCGACAUGCUUAAGGAGUGCUGCAAGUAUGUCAAAUACCUCCAAGCUCAACUCAAGGCUCUCCAGUCCAUGCCUGCCCACAGCUCUUACUGUACCUCUUCUUCGGGAGAUUCAGACUUCCUGGGGAAGGUGAGCCGGAACCAGAUGCUACAAUUCCUUGUCAACUCUCCCAUCUCCCAAAUAGUACAGUACUCCAAUGGACGCUGCAUCUACUCGGAAGAGCAGCUAUCGGCGGCUUUUGCUAGGUGUGGCUUUUGA